UCGUAAUAAAAAAUUCUUUUGUGAUAUAAAUAUUAUAUAAAAUUAUAUCGAUUCGGUUAGGAAGCUAAUCUGUCAUUUUAUACGAUAGGCAAAAAAAUUAUGAAUAUUUGUCAGAAUUAUAUAUGAUAUAUUAAUAUUUUUGAAUAAUUUAUACUACACAAAUGAAAUAAGUAUGAAAAAAAAUAAAAAUAUAUAGCAAAAAAGAAUAACUAUAUUUAUGUAAUAAAUAGAAAAGAUUGCGCAAUAAUAUAUAUCUAUUCAAUCAAUUUCUAAUAGUGUUCUAAUUAAGCAAUUUUUUUUAAAUUGUAUUUUAUGAAAAAUAGUUGAUUAUUUAGUUAACGUUGUUAAUUAUAUAUAUAGAUGAAUCCUCUUAUAAAUCGUACAAUUUUUUUUUGUGGACGACAUUCAUUUGGUUAUUUUAUAAGACAAUUUCGAAUAUCAUCUCAAAACAUGGUUAUCGUAGGUGAUAAAAUACCCACAAUUGAUCUUUUUGAAGAUUCUCCAACAAAUAAAGUGAAUCUUGCUAAAAUUUCAAAUGGAAAAAAAAUCAUAGUUUUUGGGGUACCAGGAGCUUUUACACCAGGAUGUUCAAAAACACAUCUUCCUGGUUAUGUACAAAAAGCUUCAGAUUUAAAAUCUAAAGGAAUUUCAGAAAUUUUUUGUAUUUCUGUAAAUGAUCCAUUUGUAAUGGCAGCAUGGGGUAAAGCACAAGGAGCAGAAGGCAAGGUACGUAUGUUGGCAGAUCCUGCAGCUCAAUUUACAGAUGCAUUAGAAUUAUCUAUAGAUUUACCAGUUCUGGGUGGAAAAAGAAGUAAACGAUAUUCAAUGGUUCUUGAUAAUGGAAUAAUUAAAGAGUUAAAUGUUGAACCUGAUAAUACGGGUCUUUCUUGUUCUUUGGUAGAAAAUAUUAAAUUGCAUUAAAAUAUUAAAAUUAUUAUUGAAUAUUAUUAAAUAUUAUUAAAUAUUAUGUAACAAACUUAUUACUUAAAAAAUUAUAAAUUGACUUUACAUAGGUAAAGUCUUUAAUAUUUACUCUUUAUGUUCAUAUGAUAAAAAAGUUGUAGCAUUAUAAUUUAUGCAAUAAAAUAUUAUAUCUCAAAAGUUUUA